AUGGAGAAAGCGGGUGUAAAUGGGCACUUUACUAAUCAUUCAUUGCGGGCCACAGCCGUGUCGAGGUUAUUUCGUGAAGGCGUUGAUGAUAAGCUGAUAAAGGGGGUUACUGGGCAUCGUUCCGAGGCUCUCGAUUGUUAUAAGCGAGAAACAGAGAGCAGCAUGCAAAUGUCUCGAAAGGUAUCACGUCAGAGAAGGUAUCACGUCAGAGAAGGGUGCAACGGCGGAAAGUAGCGCGCCAAUAGAGAAGGGUGAUGAUGGAAUGGGGUCGGUUGUUUUAAAUAUUAGUGGCGGCAAUUGCAACAUUACAAUAGUUAAUAAGCCCUAGUUUUUUAAAACUUUAUACGUUGUAGUUAAAUUAAAAUGGAAAUUUUUGUAGUGUAAUUAAAAUUUGCUUUAAAGCAAAGUUGUAACGCACAAUGGUUUAUUUUUUAUUCAAGCGAAAAAUCGGGGUCAUUAUUUUAAAUAUUGGAGGUCAUUAUUAAAAAUAAUAACCUCCUGACAUUAAAUAAUGACGUUGCAUUAACGAUAUUUUCAAUUGUGAUUAUCGUAUUGAAGGUAGAAACUUAAGCAACAAUAUAUCGAAAUUAUCGUCAUGCUCGAUAUGACUAUUGUGAUGUUGCUUCACAUGUGUAUAAAGCUGUUACAAAAUCCUAAAAAAUAUAGAAAAUAAUAGAAAAUAUAGUUUUAAAAAUGAUACAUUCGAUACAAAAGCUAAUAUUUAUGUAUUAAUCUGCUGAGCAAUGAAAUUGGAGGCUUUGCUUGUGCUAUGUGCCCAUGGCAUUUGUGCCAGCCGAGAAACAGUAGAAACUACAUAGACAGUUCUGGUUUCUGAGCAGUAAAUAUUAGAUUAGAAAAAGCCUUCAUAUUACUUUAAUUUACUUGUUUUUAAUAAGAUUAUAUAUAAACUUACUAUGCUUUGAUAUUAAUUAAAAUUGAAAAAAUGGUCGUUGUUUUUAUUGCAUUUAUUGGGAUAUUAUCGAAUAUCAUAAUAAUUUCUUUGACAAUAAUCGUGAGGUGAUUUUUUUUUAAUAUCGCCCAACCCUAUGCCCAUGUCUUUUGUUAACCCAUUAAUUUGAUAUUAAACUCUGUUAAUCACCAGACAAUUUUAUUUGUCAAGAGGGAAGUGUUUGGGCAUGAGUUAAAUACUAUGGCUAAGGGUACAUUAACUUACUGAGCUGCUGCUGUAUUAUUUUAUUCUGUCAAAAUAGUAUGCAGUUGAGAAGAUACAUGCAGGAAGAAAAGGAGAUAAGAAAUCUUGUACAAUUGGGUUACUUGAUACCAUUGAAAGUGUGAAGAAGAUGAAUGCUUUGAUGCUAUGCAUGUUGGUAGAUGCAAGAAAUUGA